GCAGAGAGGGACACUGGCCCUGCUCCUCACUGAUUCUGCAUGACUGUCACAAAGAUGUCAUGGCGUCCAACCUACCGAAGCUCCAAGUUUCGAAACGUUUAUGGAAAAGUAGCUAAUCGAGAGCACUGCUUCGAUGGCGUGCCCAUCACCAAGAACGUCCAUGACAACCACUUCUGUGCCGUCAACUCCAAGUUCCUGGCUGUCGUCACAGAAAGUGCCGGCGGAGGCUCUUUCAUUGUUAUACCUGUAUCCCAGCAAGCAAGUUACAAGAACCACCGAGUAAGCCGAGUGGUCUUCCUGGGCAACAUGAAGCGGCUCUUCACCACAGGGGUUUCUCGCUGGAACACCCGGCAGAUUGCUCUCUGGGAUCAGGAGGACCUGUCCAUGCCUAUAGUGGAGGAGGAUAUAGACGGCCUCUCAGGACUGUUGUUUCCUUUCUACGACGCUGACACACACAUGCUAUACGUGGCAGGCAAGGGGGAUGGUAACAUCCGUUACUUUGAAAUAACCACGGAGAAGCCAUACAUUCAGUAUCUAAUGGAGUUCAGGUCCCCGGCCCCACAGAAAGGCCUAGGUGUGAUGCCAAAACACGGGCUGGACGUAGCAGCCUGUGAGGUGUUUCGCUUCUACAAACUGGUGACCCUGAAGGGUCUGAUUGAGCCCAUUUCCAUGAUCGUGCCAAGACGAUCAGAUACAUACCAGGAGGACCUUUACCCGAUGACAGCUGGAACUGAGCCUGCCCUGUCAGCCAGCGAGUGGCUGAGCGGGAUCAACAGAGAGCCAGUCCUGAUGUCUCUAAAGGAGGGUUACAACCGUCCAAACCAGCUGGUGUUCAAGGCCCCAGUGAAGGAAAAGACGAGUGCAGUAGUCAAUGGGAUCGACCUGCUGGAGAACGUACCGCCCCGGACAGAGAAUGAGCUCCUGCGGAUGUUCUUCCGGCAGCAGGACGAGCUGCGGCGGCUGAAGGACGAGCUGACCACUAAGGACGUGCGAAUACGACAACUGGAGCUGGAGCUGAACAACCUGAAGAAUGUUAGCCCCAACAACGUCUGACCUCUAAGCCUCCGGAACUGGCACAGCUGCUUCUUUCACGUCCAGUUCUGACCUCCGACAAGCUUCAUAAGCCUAACUCUCUGCUUUUUAUAUAAGCAAUAUCAACUUCCUACCAUCAUUCCUGCUGCCCUGCAUAGCAAACAAAUAUAUAACAACUGUUGAGUACAUCCCUUACUGAUGCAAAUAGUAGAAUAAUGUAGUAGUAUUACUUUAAUUAUACGUAUUGAAGGUAGGGUUUCAGGGAUUGCCUCCUGGAUAACGUUUGGUUGAUGAUGAUGUCUGUUUAUUUAAAUGAACACAUGUAUGUUCCAGCACAGCCUGUAGUGUUAUGAUCACUUACAGCUAUUUUCAACCACCCUGUUUUUUUUUUUUAUGUGACAAUGCCUUGAUGACCGUGCAAAAAGGUCCUACCAGAAUUGUCCUUCAGUACCAACCAAAUCAGCUUUAAAAGUUCAUUUUAUGCUGCAACAAAACUGGAUGAUGAAACGAGUUCUCCAUUUCCUCAAGGCCUUAGUUCCUGCUGUUAGCCCUGAGCUGCAACUCCACCUCACAGUAGCAGACUUCUGCAGACGUGGAUCAUGCAUUUUUCACCUCGGUUGUCCUAAAUUGACUUUGCAACACUA